GUGAAGCCUGACUAUCGUUUAGCUUUGUGCUACUGCUGCUCUCUGCUGCUCGUUCCUCGGGCGCGUCAUCGCGGAGUCAGACGAGCGUCGAUAGCUGAAAGAGCAGAAAUCAUUUAAACGUAACUUUACUCUGGAUAAAGAAUCGUUUCCGCUCGGAUAAGAACGUGUAUUGUUCGUUAGCUUGUUCCCGCAGCUAGCCGUUAGCUUGUUCUCGCAGCUAGCCGGAGCAGGAGGUCUAUGUGGCCGCCGCCGCCUCACGGACAUGUUGGCCGGAUCUCCGGCUCUCUGCGAUGAGGCGAACAUCGGGAACGUGGAGAACAACAACCCGGGGAAGGUGAUCUCCGGCUGCGAUGGGCUGAACGCGGGGAACCGAGCGAGGCAGGCGCUGCUGAAGAAGGGAGGGAGGAAGCUGCAGCUCCCGCAGAAACAGCCGAGGAACAGCCCGAGCAUCCUCCUGUCGGACCGCAACAACAACAACACCGGGACGGCUUCCUCCGCCAGCCGAGCCGCGGCGCCGGCCGGGUCUAAGGCCCCGAGCUCUCGCCCGGACCCGAGCCUCCGCCCGGACCCGAGCCUCCAGCCGCUCCGCCCGGGAGCCCGGACCGAGCUGAUGAAAUCCAAAGGUGGUCGAUCAGAGCGAGGGGCCGUUCAGCCCGGGGGCCACACGGCCCGCAACCUCCCCCGACAAGGUCAAGUGGACCAAAAUGUGAACAGCCGGAGCCAGAAGCCCAAGCUGGACCAAACACCCGGGGCUUCUCAUGCCACAAAGAAGAGAGAUCACAGCACUCCCAACAAGCCAUCCUCUCCUCACCGGCCUCCGUCAGGAGAGCAGAAGAAACCUCUCCACUCCUCCAACAACGUGAAGAUGCUGAGCGCACUGCUCGCCGAACCUGCCCUCGAGUACCUCAAAGAUGGCGAGAAGGUCUACGCUGGAGCGAAGUUCAGCGAGCCGCCCUCGCCCAGUGUCUUACCCAAACCGCCCAGCCACUGGUUCGGAGAAAACCAGCCUCAGCACAGCAACCAAAGCCGAGAACAGAUGACUGUUCAGUUAAAGUCGCUGCUCAAGGUUCAAGAUUCACCAUGACCACGGUCUGGUUUUUAAAUUGGAGCAAACAUAUCUGAAACCUGAUUAACAACGAACGCCAACAAUUGAAAAAAAUAUAAACCAGUAAAUACAAUUUGGCCGUUAACACACUGCAAUACAACUUAGGGAGUUUUUUAUCAACUUUAAUGCAAUUUCCAUUCUGCCCACACGCUGCCGGCAUUAGUGAACAUUUUGAAGACGUGUUGUUUCUGGAGAUUUGACGUGCUGUUUGGUCGGGAGUUUAUUCCCAAUUUUCUGCCUUUUUGUUUGCGGAGGAACGGGAAAGUAACGUGUGUUUUUUCGAGGUUGAUUUUUGGAGCGGACUUGAAAAAGCAGAGGAAGUUGGAGGUCGUCUCCAGCAGCAACACGAUCAGCGCGUGAUGCAAAAUGAUGAUGGCACUUUGUUUAUGAACACUUUGGAUGAGGCAGCCUUGUCUCGAUUGAUGUUUUAGAGCGCUUGUGUAAAUGUACAUAAUAUAUAUGUGUAUAUUUUUCCUUGUUAUUUUAAUGGAGAUUCUAGUUUUGUUACUGAGGGGGG